UUGAGAAAGCCCAUCCACAUGAGUGAAGUCCACAGGAGAAAGCCAUGAGUAGUCAAACAAAAUCUUGUGAGAAUGCAGUCUAUAUCCAAAUGCCUGUAACAAGUAGAAAAGACAAAAUCCAGCACUACUCAUAUUUUUCUUGAAAAUUUAAGAGCCCAACCCACAACAAGAAAGUAAAUAUCAAAAUUUCCAACCUGAAAAAGAUUCCAACUUUGUACAAUGCCUACCAGACAGCAAGCCAUCUAAAGGGAAGGAAAAAAAUAUGAGAAAAAAACCCCUUUACUAGAGAUAGAAGACUCACAGCUUCAGUGCCUAUCAACUUCACUUCCCAUGAUACAAAAAGGAUGGCUGGAGAACUACAAGCAAAGCAAAAAUGGAAUCAAGCAAAGAACAGCAACCAAGUUGGACAAAACCUCUAUUCAAACUGAAGGGACUUUUCUGAAUUAAAAGGCCAAAACACCCAUGCUCAGAUACUAGCCUUCAGCAAUGAAAGUCUUUUAUCUAUCGAUUCAAAUCCAAAUCAUCAUUGCUCAAUGACUGCUGGGAGCAACUAGACCCACCCAUGGGCACCCCAUCAGCCCUCACAAUGCCUCACCACAAUCAAAACUGUGAACAACUGUGAAUCUUCUACUAAAAUGCUCCCUGAUAGUCCGAAUAAGACAACCCUUGGAGCAGCACUGCAAAGAACUGGGCCAGCCCUGCUGAGAGACAAGUUCCCAGCAAAGAACUGGUGUCAUACCAGUUCAAAGCUGGCUCCAUUGACAAGAUCCAAUAAAUGAUACAUGACCCUCUUCUCAUUGCAGCACCUAUGCCCAAGAAGGCUGGUGCUCAAAAAUUAGGAGAUGCAAUAGCUUUGACAACUUGAUAUUUGCAUUACCGCAGUGUACCUCAUAGUCACCUGUAGAGAAAACUUUUUUGAUUUUACUUAUUCAUUUAGGUCUUGGCUGUUACAUUGAUCCACUUCCAUCAUAUUAAAAUGGGCCUGGAGGGUCGUAGCAGCAGUGGCCUGGCAGCAGUGUGCUGCACUAUGCUUUUUGCUGGUCUUCAGGUGUACAAGACUCAGCUAGGAUCUUCAAGGCUGCUCACACUCGUAGCUGGAUAUGUGUCGUCUUGGAUUUUUGUCUUCCUUUUGAUUAGCAUCAACAGCCUGGAGCAAGUGUUGUUUGGUGCUGGGUUCCAGGCUAAGCUGCCAGAAGUUGUGCUGUGCUUCAUUAUUGCCUGCGGCGCGGCCGCCACAGUGCAUCGAGUCUCCGGCACUGUGUGCUUCCUGUGCUCAAUUGUGGCGCUGUACUUCAUUAAUCGCAUCAGUGAGGAGUACCAGAGCCAGAACAACCACGCCGGUCUCUAUGCCAAGAAGAAGAAGUAAAGCGAGUUUGAGCACACGUACUGGAAUGGAAUUCAGAUAUAUCUUACUGUGUCUCGUUAUGUAGCUUUGACGGUGUGCCGCACUCUUUGCCUUGGCAAUUUGGUCAUACUUGCAUCUUGUCAACAAAAUUUGCACUAAAAUUCUGGACGGUCGUUGAUUUGACAUCAAUGUUUUUUAGAUGAACUGAGAUGUUCCUUGGAAAAAAUUAAGGUUUUUCUCUCACAGAGAAAUGCUGCCACAUUGAAAUUCGCUUUGAGAUAUAUAAUAUAAGUCACUUGCUCACAUUUGUACGAAAAGAAAAGGUUCACUUGUCAUUCCACUUUAUUAAAGUUUCAUUAUAAAAGAC